AUGACCGAAGCAGCUAAAGUAGAACGUAUUCAGGGCGGUGGAUCCGUCCUAUUGGCGUGGCAAGUCGCUCAGAAAAAGGUACUCAUUGUUGGAGGCGGCAACGUUGCUGCCCAGCGUAUCGUAUCCAUGAAAAUUGGCGAUGCUCUAGUCACUGUGGUGAGCCCUGAAGAAGGAUUAGCGGACGAGACGAGACAACGGAUCGCGCAAAACGAAGUUGAAUGGAUCAACCGAAUAUUCGUGGAUAGCGAUUUGGAAGGCAUGGAUAUGGUGCUUACCGCGCUGGACGAUCACGAGGAAUCGUUGCGUAUUGGUCAUUUAUGUCGACAACAGCGUAUACCCGUCAAUGUCGCUGAUGUUCCUUCCAUGUGCGAUUUCUACUUUAUGAGUCAACAUCGCGACGGUCCUCUUCAAAUCGCCAUUUCCACCAAUGGUCAAGGUCCGAAACUGGCCAACAUGAUUCGAGCCCAAGUCGCGCAAGCAUUACCGCCGAAUGUGGGUACAACCAUUGCUAAGAUGGGUCGUAUUCGGGCCAAAGUACGUGAAUGGGAGCCCGAAAUUCAGAAUGCUGGCAAACGGAUGCGGUGGGUCAUUCGACUGUGUGAAACGUGGGGAUUGCGAUCUAUGGAACGGUUGCAACACAUGACGGACGAAGAGGAGAGAGCCAUGUUUGACAAGCUUCACACGGCGUUUUUAAACAACAAUAUUCCUGCCUUAAAAGACGUCCUGCCCAGUCCAACCGCCGUGAACAAACAACCCAGCAUUGCGCUUUUGGGAGCUGGGCCGGGUGAUCCCGAACUGAUUACGUUGAAAGCAAAACGCUAUCUGGAGCAAGCCGAGCUGGUGGUGAGUGAUCGACUGAUUCCCCAGCAAGUGCUUGAUUUGGUUCAGGGCGAACUGCGCAUUGCUCGUAAAACCACGGGGAAAUCCGACGAAGCUCAGAACGAGUUACUGGAAUGGUGCCUGGAAGGAUUGCAGAAAGGACAACGUGUGGUGCGUCUGAAAAUUGGCGAUCCGCUCUUAUUCGGUCGUGGCGGCGAGGAAAUUCUUUGGUUCCGCGAACGUGGGUAUGAGCCCGAACUUGUGCCUGGCAUUUCGAGUGCUUUCUCCGCUCCAAUGGCAGCCACCAUACCUGUCACUUACCGCGGGGUGGCCGAUCAAGUCAUUAUCACGACAGGUCGAGGCACCAAGGGCGCCAUGCCAGAUCUACCAGAGUUUUGCCCCACACGCACCUUGGUUGUGCUCAUGGCGGUUGGAAGAGCCACGGAACUGCGACAAAUUUUACUAGAUAAGGGAUAUCCAGAACACAUUCCGAUCUGCUGGAUCGAAAAUGCCAAUUGUCCACAGGAACGCAUCCUCCGAGGCACCGUGGCGUCCCUGGCUUCGUGCGUCGAACAAUAUACCAUCGUUGCCCCCGCCGUCCUGGUAGUUGGUCACAGUGCUCAAGUGUUGGUGCCUGAAGCGUAA